ACCCAACGCUUCUUCGAUCAGACGGUCACCGACCUCCCAUUCUUCCUCACUCUCGAGCCGACUGAGCGUUCCCCGGCGUCUCGUCGCCACCGCACCUCUGCACAUUUCGAUGUGAUGGAGACGAGGUACGACUUCAUUCUCGGCACUCUGUGGUCUCGUCGGUUCCGCAGCACCGAGGCCGAUUGGGCGACCAACACUCUCGUUCUCAAAACGAAGUGCGGACAGACGUAUCGCGUACCUUUCAUAGGUACCACGGCGACACCACACCCCGAUCCUCCUCCCCCGGCGCCUUCAGUGCCCACACCAUCUCCAUCUAUCACUGUCACCUCGCCUCGGCAGUUCGCUCACUUCAUUCGACAGGACGAUGUCACCUUCUUUAUGGUGGACGUGACGGAUCUCUUACACUAUGAUCCACCAUGUCCCGACGCCGAGCUCAUCCCUCUGGAGCCAGAUCCUCCCUCUAUCUCUAUAGCUCCCAUCUCUACUUCCGUCCCUCCGCCGUCCGUCGAGUCCACCCCGCCGUCGCGCGCUGACGCUGACGCUGAGGAACUCGCACGAGAUACGGCUGACUUGGAGCCCGCAGUUCGUGACCUCAUCCGACAGUACCACGGCGUUUUCCCAUCGUCGCUCUCGUACGCCGGCAUCCCACCGAUGCGUGACGUCGAGCACUCCAUUCAGCUCGUGCCUGACUAUCGUCUCCGCUUCUCCUCGUCUUACCAUCCUCAGACUGAUGGUCAGACCGAGAUCACGAACAGGACUCUCGGGGAUAUUCUCCGAAAGAUUGUUCGUGACGACCAGCAGGUGGAUCUCCAUCUUGCCCACGCGGAGAUAGCCUACAACCACGCCGUCUCGCCAGCCACGGGGAUGUCGCCUUACUAUUGCGACCUCGGCUAUCACCCGCGUGUUCCCGCGGACUUCCUUCGACCGUCCCAGAUGCACCCCGACACGAGUUGUCCCGCGCUGGAUGAUCGGGUUGCACACAUGACGUCGAUUAUGAAGACCGCACAUGAGCACAUAGCCGCUUCCCAGACUCGCGUGGCAGCACGUGCGAACCGAUCGAGGAUGGAUCACCCAUUCAAGGUCGGUGAUGAUGUGCUUAUCGACGCCCGCCACUUACAGCUCGAAGCGGACACGCUUCGCAAGUUUCGGCGUCGCUUCUUUGGCCCAUGCCGCAUCCUCCAGGCCGUUGGUUCUGAUACGGCAUCUAGCCCGGUCAGCUUUCGUGUGAAGCUGUCCGACUACCUACGCCAGGCUCGUGUGCAUGAUGUCUACCACGUCUCGAUACUGCGUCCUUACCGCAGACCGUCUGAGCGUUUCGUUGGACGACCAUACGAGCGCCCUCCACCCAUCAUGGUGGACGGCCACGAGGAGUUCCUCGUUUCAGACAUCAUUGGUCGCCGAGUCACCGACGACAAUCCUCCCCACGUCGAGUAUCUCAUACGUUGGAAGGGUUACCCUGAUGAGGAGGCUACCUGGGAGCCCCUCGUGCACUUGCAGCACGCUCGCAUGUUGGUGCGUGCCUAUGACCGUGCUCGUCGUGCUGGGUUCACUGCUCCUCCUCAGCCCACUGACCCUCCUCCUUCUCCUCCGGCUGAGGAGACCGCUGAAGAGCGACGGACCGAGCGAGAGGGAGAGGAGGAAAGAACGCCGAUGGUAGACGACGGGAGGACAGUACCCGAUGAGAAGGGCGUCUCGCAGCUCGCGAGACCACGUGCGUGCAAGCCCACUGGGCCAUCGUUAGUCCGUUCGAGGACGCCGGAUGCGAAGUCGCGUGUGAACGACUGAUCAUCUCACUUGAUUGGUCUGCUUUCAUUUCAUAUGUACGGGCAAGAAACCUAGGAGAGAGAAGAGAGGGCAUCCGACCACCUCACAUCUUUGUCCCCUCGUCCGAGGGCUGUUCCGCACGUAAGGGGGAAGAAUAUACUAUGAAGCGAGUUUAGGGGCACCUGUGCUAGAAAGAGCGUGUGUGUGUGUGUGUGUGUGUGCGCGUCUUCGCGGGCGUGUGCGUGCGUGUGCGUGCGUGUGCGUGUGCGUGUGCGUGUGUGCGGGCAUCUGUGCGUGCGGUUGCGUGUGUGCACGCGGGUGUGCGGGCAUCUGUGCGUGUGGGUGUGUGGGCAUCUGUGCGUGCGUGUGUUUGCGGGCGCGCGCGCGUUCGUGCGUGCGGGUGCGUGUGUGUCUGCCUGCGUGCGGGCGUGUGUGUGUGUUGGGUGUGUGUGUGUACUCUUGUGUGUUCGGGGGCAGUGGGAGCGCU